UCACGUGUCUAUGACGGGAACGCCCCCUUCCGCCGUGGAGCUAAAACGCUUUAGCCUGAAGCUAACCGGCUCCGGACGGAGACACGCUGCCGACCCGCCUGGAGGCGUCUCGAUCUCGGUGGAGCGGCCAUGGCCAGCCCGGAGCAGGUGUGCGCGGUGGGCCAGAUCCUGGUGGACCCGCAGCGGGCUCUGACGGAGCGCUUCCGGGCCCUGUUCACGCUGAAGAACCUCGGAGGCCCGGACGCCAUCACGUGGAUCAGCCGGGGCUUCAGCGACGACUCGGCGCUGCUCAAGCACGAGCUGGCGUACUGCCUGGGCCAGAUGCAGGACCGGGACGCCAUCCCGGUGCUGACCCGGGUCCUGCGGGACCGGGAGCAGGACGCCAUGGUCCGGCACGAGGCGGGUGAGGCUCUGGGGGCCAUCGGGGACCCGUCGGUCCUGGACCUGCUCCGGGAGUUCAGCACGGACCCCGUGGUGGAGGUGGCGGAGACAUGCCAGCUGGCCGUGCGGCGGCUGGAGUGGCUUCAGAGCGGCGGCGGCGACGACGACGACGGCGGCGACACGUACGCCUCGGUGGACCCGGCGCCGCCCGCCGCCGGGGGGCGGAGCACGGCGGAGCUGCGGGCCGCCCUAUUGGACGAGGCCCUGCCGUUGUUCGAGCGCUACCGCGCCAUGUUCGCCCUGCGGAACCGCGGCUCGGAGGAGGCGGCGCUGGCGCUGGCCGAUGGCCUGCGCAGCGGCGGCAGCGCGCUGUUCCGCCACGAGGUGGGCUACGUGCUGGGGCAGCUGCGCCACCCGGCGGCCGUGCCGGCGCUGCGCGCCGCGCUGGAGCGGCCCGGCGAGAGCGCCAUGGUGCGGCACGAGGCGGCCGAGGCGCUGGGCGCCAUCGGCCGCGGCGAGUGCCUGGAGGCGCUGCGGCGGCACCGCGGCGACGGCGAGCGCGUGGUGAAGGAGAGCUGCCAGGUGGCGCUGGACAUGCUGGAGUACGAGAACAGCGGGCAGUUCCAGUACGCCGACGGCCUGCUGCGGGUGCAGGGUUCCAAUCCCGAGGUGCACUGAGCAGCGAUUUGCUAAUAAACGAGUCAGACAC